AUGUUCCAAAAUUGCAGAGACCUUAGCAGGAACGAGCUUACCGCGAUCAGUAGACGGACAUUUCGUGGUUUGACCGCACUCAAGAGUCUGCAUCUCGACGGGAAUCAGCUCAAAUGUGUAGACGAGAAGGCAUUUGAGAACUUGAAGAGCUUAGAACUCUUGACUCUAAAUAACAACAACCUGACGUACCUAGCAGUGGAACCCGCUGCGAUCACACGUCUUCAUACCCUGCGGUUGACUGACAACCCUUUAGUAUGUGACUGCCGAGUGACCAGACUAGCCACAGCUAUAAAAGCUGCUAGCAUUCCAGGUGUUGGAGCCAGACUCCUGAAACAGGCGAGAAAGCCGUUAAAUUUUGGUUAUGUUCUGGGCUCAAGGAAAGUGCCCCUGGAGACGAUGAGGGCUCAGAGUGAGAUCUGUUCGUUUUGUGCAGGGCCGGGUGCGGGGGCCGGCGCGGCGGGCGGGGGCGAGUGUUCCGCGGAGCCGCGCUGUCCACCCGCGUGCCGCUGCUCCGCGGAGGGUACCGUCGACUGCCGCGAGAAACUACUGCCCGAACUACCCGCCGCCAUACCACACCGCGCCACUGAAAUCCGUUUGGAACAGAAUGAGAUAACAGAGGUGGGUCCGGGCGCGUUCGCGCAGGUGAAGCGUGUGACGCGCAUCGACCUCUCCAACAAUAAGAUCACCAAACUUGCCGCUGACGCUUUCACCGGACUCACUCAUCUCUCCUCCUUAUUGUUAAAUUCCAAUGAAAUAACAUGCGUUAGAAAAGACACGUUUAAAGAUCUGCAGAAUCUCAAGUUACUAUCCCUUUAUGACAACAACAUCAGAACUCUAUCGAACGGGACUUUCGAUGCUCUGACGGGUAUUCAAACACUUCACUUAGGCCGCAAUCCGUUCUCGUGCGACUGUUCCUUGCGCUGGUUGGCAGCAUACCUGCGCAAGAAUCCAAUAGAGACCUCCGGAGCUAAAUGCGAGGCGCCGAAACGAAUGAGCAGGAAGAGGAUAGACGCUUUAAGAGAAGAGAACUUUAAAUGCAAACUAUCCUCGGGUGCGCUUUCUUCUGCUCUCUACAAGCGUGAUAUCUGAAGUAUGUGAUGAACUAUAGAUGGAUAUUUUCUGGUCAUUAAUCAAGAACUUUAUUUUGAAUUUUCUGCUUGUGGUGGAUGAGGAAGCACAGUGAAUGAUCCUAAUAUGGGUGUCGGUACAUCAGCGGGCGAGGGCGGGGCGGAGUCGUGCGGGGAGGUGGGGUCGUGCCCGGCGGGGUGCGCGUGCGAGGCGAGCGGGGGCGGGGGCGGGGGCGGUGGAGGCGGCGCGGGGCGCGGCGUGGCCGUGUCCUGCGCGCGCGCACACCUCGCAGACCUGCCCAAGGACCUGCCGCUCAACACUGACGCACUGUGAGUAACAAACAUUACGAUGAUACCUAUGCUAACUUAUAAAGAUGUAAAGUUUGUAAAUUUCUUUUUUUUUCUCUGGAAAUACUAAUCUGGCCUGGAAUUCUAAAAAUCCAAACCUGAAUUCAAAUUUACUCAGGUGCCCGAAUUCACAAAGUAAAUGUAUAAAUUCUUUUUUUGUAUAAAAAUCCAUAACAAAAUCGAUUGAAUAUACAUGUCUAAGAUAUCCUAUUCCUAUAUAAUUUCGACUAGACUAUAUGAUUUUAACCAAUUCAAGGUUGAGCGGACUCCGCUUUUGAAGUGAUAUCUAUACUAACUCAUCAUGAAAAUUCUUUACCUA